AUGGGCUUCGUCAAGGAAUACAAUGCCCGCACUGCCAAUGCAGCGGGGACCAUCAUUCCGGUGCACCUGACCGUCUACGAAGACCGUUCCUUCUCCUUUUUGACCCGAACACCGCCGGCUUCCGACCUGUUGCGCAAAGCAGCGGGCGUGGAUCGCGGGUCCUCCGACGUUCGUCAGGCUCGCGUGGGCACUAUCAGCAGAGACGCCCUCCGUGAGAUAGCGCAAACCAAGCUGCCCGAUCUCAACGCGGGGACCGUCGACGAAGCCAUGUUGAUCAUCGAAGGCACCGCCCGUAGCAUGGGCAUACAGAUUUCGGGAGAUUAG